AUGUCUUCCAUUUCCCAAGAUGCCCAAGAGGCCCAAGCCAAAGUGGAUGAGUAUACACAGUUUUUAGACAGGGUAUUAAGGCCCGAAUUACAAGAAGCCAAAAGACAAGUGGAAGAAAUCGAGCACGAAAUCAAGGAAUAUCAAGCACUGAAGCAGGCACUGGGAGAAGUGCCGUCGUUGCCACCACCCAAUGCAGUCGAUUUGGGAUUUCAAACAAUCUACUGUCCGGCACAAUAUGCCAAAGAUCCCAAAGACCAAGUGUUUGUAGAUUUGGGGCUUGGGUUUCACGUGGAAAUGAAUGCCAAAGAAGCGAGGGAGUUCAUUGACAAGCGCGUCAUCUUUCUGCAGGAGAAUCGUCUGAACCAAAGACAGAAACGCCUCACAACCGUGCAAGAUCACAUCCAAUCGUCUCUCAAUGUACUGGAGCAAUUGGAAAUGGUUCAAAAGCAACUACAGAAGUGA